AUGGCAAAAAUUUGGCCUCGUCUGGUUUAUGCAUUGGCAUUAUGUUUGGUUGCUACUAAUGUAGCUGCUGAUUACAAGCCUUACAAUUUUGCUUCACCAUCACCUUAUUAUCAUAAGUCACCAAAUUCAUACCGUUACAAGUCUCCUCCGCAGCCUUCUCCACCUCCACCUCAUUACUAUUACAAGUCGCCACCGCCGCCGCUUAAGUCACCUCCACCUCCUUAUUACUAUAAUUCACCUCCACCUCCAAAAGCAUCUCCUCCACACCAGUAUUACUAUAAGUCACCACCUCCGCCAUCUCCAUCACUUCCUCCUCCAUAUGUUUAUAAGACCCUGCCACCACGUUCGUCUUCACCUCCUGCUCCAUACGUUUACAAGUCACCACCUCCACCAUCUCUGUCAACUCCUCCUCCUUAUGUUUACAAGUCCCCACCACCACCAUCUCCAUCACCACCUCCUCCAUAUGUCUACAAAUCACCACCUCCACCUUCUCCUUCACCACCUCCUCCAUAUGUCUAUAAGUCGCCGCCACCUCCAUCAACAUCACCUCCUCCUCCAUAUAUGUACAAAUCUCCUACCCCACCAUCUCCAUCACCUCCACCUCCAUAUGUUUACAAGUCCCCACCUCCUCCGUCUCCCUCUCCUCCUCCUCCAUACAUUUACAAGUCGCCGCCACCACCUUGUCCUUCACCUCCUCCUCCAUAUAUCUACAAAUCACCACCACCACCUUGUCCUUCACCCUCUCCUCCAUAUAUUUAUAAGUCACCCCCACCCCCAUCUCCGUCACCACCUCCUCCAUAUGUCUACAAAUCACCACCACCACCCUCGCCUUCACCUCCUCCUCCAUACGUUUAAAAGUCUCCAUAACUGCCUUCUCCAUCACCUCCUCCUCCAUACAUUUACAAGUCACCACCUCCUCCAUCGCCAUCACCUCCUCCUCCUUAUGUCUACAAAUCCUCACCUCCUCCAUCUCCAUCACCACCACCACCUUACUACUAUAGGUCUCCUCCCCCACCAUCUCCUUCACCUCCUCCUCCAUACUAUUACAAAUUACCACCACCUCCCAAAGGUUACUAAACAAGUCACUGAUUCC